AAUAAUACCUGCCUAAGGUAUGCUUGCCAACCAAUAAGAGCGAUCUUUCGGUAUCACGCGGGUGACGUCAAUCAUGGUGGAAUGAUCAGCUCCCAAAAAAAAAGACCAGGAAAAAUAAGAAGAAAAUGAAAUGAUCUUUACUACUUGUUAUCGCGAUCGGGGAGAAGUAGCUGAAGAGCCUCCGAGAUUGUUUGUCACAAAUCGAGAGGGUUUAUGUCAACCUGCACUAUAUAUAACUAGGUAGUUAAAUGAAGGUAGGUAGGUCAUGGGAUAGGUAACAAAUUGCUCCCCACCAAUGCUCCAUGUAUUCCUACUACUUUACCUCACUAAUUCUGUGUCUAAAAUAAACCACAAUCCUCCUGUUGCUUAAUAUACUUAAUGUCAAAUUAUCAAGUUCAAGCUAGUCAGUGAAUCAAAACCGGUCAUGUUUCCCAAGUUUCUUCUCCCGCCCUCUAUCUUCCGUGCCGACAAGAGAAAAGCGGGGAGUCCAACCUCAUCAUCUCCCAGCAUAGCAUCUGGGCUCCCGAAUGACGAGACAGCGGACCACAAAUACCUUCAUGGCCAUGUCUCUUACAUUCGGUGCUUGAAUUGCUCGGCGGACCUCUGUUUGACAUCGCAGAUUAUCAGCAAAGGAUUUACAGGCCGCCAUGGUCGCGCUUAUCUGGUGUCGGCAGAACCCAUAGCGACGGCAGUAUCUGUUAAUGCAACAUCUUCUCCGACAGAGUCGCUUCCAAAUACAUUAAUCCAGAGUCCCGUGUCGCGCCAGUUGGUUACCGGUGCGCAUAAAGUUAGUGAUAUCAACUGUGCCUUUUGUGGAGCGGUACUGGGUUGGAAAUAUGUCGCCGCAGAGGAAGAAUCGCAACGGUACAAGGUCGGCAAGUUUAUUCUGGAGACCAAGAGAAUCAUCACCUCGUCAUCUUGGGAAUCCGCCUCAUAUGUUGACUUGGCGGCUUGUCCCGGUUCACCGGAUUCCAUGGAGACAGGCCCCAAACCGCCACAGGAUAGCGUCGAGUUUGAUAGCCAGGAUGAGGAUGAAUGCGAGGACUUGUUUGCCGGGAUUUGGAGCCCCGGACUAGCGAUACGUCGCAGAAGCCGCAAGCUGGACCGAAAUGCCCCUGCUCUGGGGCUCACUGCCCUCUAAACUAUAAUAUCACCCUUACAAACGACGGCUAUCGCCCCUUAAUAUCGACCUCCUUCGGCGACUCUCGAGAGUCAUCCUCCCUCUUAAUGACUCCUCUUAUUGCGACCUUUUAUGACUAUGGAUAAUAUUUGUAUAUAACAACUUGGAAUAACGCUACCUUCCAAGCAUCCCAUCCCCACUUCAGCCCCCUUUACACGACUUCGCCACGUUAGGUAUCCUGUUAAUAGGAUAGAUAUUUCUCAAGAUAGGACUUGGAUUAGCUAGCAAGGGUAUAAUAAGAUUGAAGAUGAAUUAUGCAU